GGACUUACAUCCAGGAAUCACAUUCGAAUUUCUGGAGAUUGGUCUAGAACUCUAUCGAGUUCGUGCUCACACAUCCGAACGGUUGGGAAGGCCAACAACAACAGGUUAGACGCGCUGUCAAGAUCGCUGGUCUCAUCUCAUCCAAGGAGGAGCAAUCUCACAUGCAUCUCUUGACUGAUGGCGAAGUGUGUCAGAUUACUCAGACGAAGAGGAAGAUCAAUCUGACAGCCAGGGAGUCAUUGUUGUUGAUGCUGGAGGCGGAACUCUCGAUCUCAGUGCCUACUCGAUGAAGUUAUCUCCGACUUCGUUCGAGGAGAUUGCCACAGUUGAAUGUGAAUCCCGCUUUC